UAAGAUUCAUUUGUCUGAUAUAAUAUUGUAACAUGUAGACUAACUGAUGUAGGAGAAUCAACGAAUCAAUAUUUUUCUAUGCUUGCUUUGUUCCUACUUCACUUGAUCUUUCUUCCUCUUAACAUAAACAACAUUUCAGUACUCUAUGAAAUAUUGUCGUCCUUACCUCCAAUUUUUAUCAGCAGAGAAUAUGCCCAGUCCUCUCCUCCUGUUCGUGUGUCGUAAGUACCAUUCGAGAACAACAAAUGUCAUGCUCGUUGUGUCAGUCAAGCAGAUAUUGGCUUGAAGUGGUGGGAUCCAUCCAUCCAUCCAAUCCUCGACGAUUUACUCCAAUCAACCACCAAUGCCUGUGUGACAACACAUCAUCAAAAACAACUGAGAACGGUACUCCUGUUUCAUUCCACCACUUUGAUACUUUAUAAGUUGGGGGUGGUCGAAUGAUCUACCCGAGGCUGUGCCACUUGAUUUGCCACGAAGUUGCAUGAGCUCUGCAGGAUGAUGAUGUAUUCCCGUCAUUUUUGGCUGAACCAAAAUCUCAGGCCUCGUCCUCUGCGACCUAACGCUGUGAAGCCUCGAGGGCGGGGAUGAUGAGCAUCUCAUGAUCCACGCCGUGAGGGCACGGACUCCACUUUCCUCCCGGUUAGUUUGAUCUCAAAGGACAUCUCACAGCAAUGGAGUGAAAGCCCCAUGCAGCUUCCACGAAAGCGACACGCAUGGCUGGCCACACUUGCUUGCCUCCUUUACCUUCCCCUCGUGAACCAGGCGCCAAGCAAAAGCUUACACCUUCCUUCCUCUGUACCUCAUUUAGCCGGCGUCCAUGGCAACUUCCUCCCCUGUAACCUUUUUCUUCUCGGCUUUCGUAUGCGUGGGAGUAUAUAUAGGGAUGGCCGCCUCCGCUGCUGUCACUGUAUCGGAAAAGGGCAUGGCGGCGGCAAGGGAUUCGAUGGGAUUCCAGGACUUCCUGCCGAGGAUGGCGGAGCGGCUGGGGGCGGAGGGGCUGAUGGAGGAGCUGUGCAAGGGGUUCAAGCUGCUGAUGGAUCCGGAGAGGGGGGUGAUCACGUCGGAGAGCCUGAGGCGGAACGUGGCGGCGUUGGGGCUGGUGGGGCUGGGAGACGACGAGCUGAUGGGAAUGGUGAGGGAGGGGGACCUCAACGGGGACGGCGUGUUGGACCAGAUGGAGUUCUGCGUGCUCAUGGUAAGAUUGAGUCCGGAGCUCAUCGAAGGCUCUCUCCCUGACGUCUUCAAUUCUUCCCCUGCUCUGUAGCUGCCUCGACUCUCUUUCUUGACGCACCGCACCAGGACUAGUUGUAGCUCGUCUUCUUCUUCCUCCUCUUCUGCCUUCUCUUCUCCUCCUGUUACAUGAUCAUGUUGCAGCUGGGCAAUGUUACUGUCUUGCAAGCCUGAGAUCCA